AUGCAUAUCCAGUCGAUUCCCAUGUGGGUGGGCAGUAGCAACAACUACGCCUACCUGGUCACCGACGACAAGAGCAAAGAUGCCGUCAUCAUCGACCCUGCCAACCCUCCUGAAGUCACUCCCGUCUUGAAGAAGGCGAUUGAGAGCGGCCAGAUCAACCUCAAAGCCAUAGUGAACACACACCACCACUGGGACCACGCAGGCGGCAACAAAAAGCUCCGCGAGGAGCUAGGCCUGCCUGACCUGCCCAUCAUCGCCGGCAAGGGCGCCGAGGGCGUGACCAAGACCCCGGCCGACGGCGAGGGCUGGACGAUCGGCAGCAUCGCCGUCAAGGGCCUGUACACGCCGUGCCACACGCAGGACAGCAUCUGCUGGUUCAUGGAGGACGGCGGCAGCGAGCGGGCCGUGUUCACAGGCGACACGCUGUUCCACGCCGGGUGCGGCAAGUUCUUCGAGGGCAACGCCGAGGAGAUGAACACGGCGCUCAACAAGACGCUCGCGGCUCUCCCGGACGACACCAAGGUCUUCCCCGGCCACGAGUACACCAAGAGCAACGUCAAGUUCGCCGUGUCGGUGCUGCAGAACGAGGCCAUCAAGAAGCUGCAGGCUUUUGCUGAGGCGAACCGGGAGACGCAGGGCAAGUUUACGAUCGGGGAUGAGAAGCAACACAAUCCAUUCAUGAGGACAAGCGCUCCCGAGAUGCAAAAGGUUACCGGCAAGACAGAUCCCGUCGAGGUGAUGGCGGCGCUGCGCGAGGGCAAGAACAACUUCAAGUAA